AUGUCCGCCAACGCAAACAACAACGCCGCCGCCGCGCCCCCUUCCCUCCUCGACCUCACAAUCGACAACAUCACCCCCAACACGAACCGCAUCAACUCCCAGAGCUCCGAUGCGCGCCUCACCUACCUCAUGACCCGCCUCGUCACGCACCUGCACGACUUUGCGCGCGAGACCCGCCUAAGCACCGACGAGUGGAUGCACGCUCUCAACUUUCUCGUUGGGUGCGGCCAGAUUAGCAGUGAUGUCAGACAUGAAUUCAUCCUCCUCUCCGACAUCCUAGGCCUCUCCCUCCUCGUCGACAGCAUCAACCACCCCAAACCCGCCGACUCGACCGAAGGCUCCGUCCUCGGACCCUUCCACACCCACGACGCGCCCACCCUCGACAACGGCGCUAAUAUGUCCUUCGACCCGGAGGGCGAACCACUCCUCUGCGUCUGCACCGUCAAGGACCGCCACGGUAACCCCGUCCCCGGGGUGAAGAUCGACAUUUGGGAGACCGACAGCACAGGCCACUACGAUGUCCAGCACGCGGGCAGGGAUAGGCCUAGUGAGCGGUGCAUCAUGGUUUCGGACGAGCAGGGGAGGUUCUGGUUCGAGUGUAUUAAGCCCGUCAGUUACCCGAUUCCGCAUGAUGGGCCUGUUGGGAAGCUCUUGAUGAAGUUGAAUCGGCAUUGCUGGAGGCCCGCGCAUCUUCAUUUUAUGUUUGAGAAGGAGGGCUGGGACCACCUUAUCACUGCGCUCUACAUCCGAGGUGAUCCGUACGAGACCACCGAUGCCGUGUUUGGUGUAAAGAAGAGCCUCAUUGUCGAUCUCGAGACCGUAGACAAGGAGACGGCCGAGAAGUACGGUGUCAAGGAGGGCAUCCUCUACCUCAAGCACGACUUUGUGCUUGUCACUGAGCAGGAGACGCAAGAGCUCCGAGAUCAAAAUGCGCGCGAAGCCAUUCAGAAGCUGGGCUUGAAGGUGAAGCUCGUUGACCACCUACCUGUUCCUGAUUUGGAUUGA